UCUGAUUGGCCGACAGUGAUGUGUCGUCAUCCAAUCACACCAUGUAGCCGUGUCUGCAUAGGCUAUCGUUGUGUUCAUAACAUCGGACCAGAGUGUUCUACAUCGAUAGUAUUAUUUUCUGUUAUCUUCUUAACUUUCACCAGUUUCCUACAUUUGAAGAAGAGCCAUCAUGGAGAAAGUGAUUUUAGUGACGGGUGCGAACAGUGGCAUCGGCCUAGCCCUGUGUGAGCGGCUGCUCUAUGAGGACAGUCAGCUGCAGCUGUGUCUGGCCUGCAGGAACAUGCAGAGGGCUGAGGCGGCCCGCUCCGCUCUGCUGACCUCUCACCCCGACGCCCAAAUAGACCUGCUGCACCUGGAUGUAGGCUCUGUCCGCUCGGUUCUCCAUGCCGCCCACAAGGUCAAGGCUAGGUACAACAGACUGGACUACCUAUACCUUAAUGCCGGGAUCAUGCCAAAUCCACAGAUUGACAUCAAAGCCUUUUUCAAGGGCCUAUUUUCUAGCAACGUCGUCAAAAUGUUUGCCACAGCAGAGGGCCUCCUGACCCAGCAGGACCGUGUCAACAAAGAUGGACUACAGGAAGUGUUCGCCACAAACCUGUUUGGACACUUUGUGCUGGUCAGGGAGCUAGACUCUAUCCUUUGCCAGUCUGGUCAGACCUCCCGGGUAGUGUGGACUUCGUCCAGCAAUGCCAGACGCUCGGCCUUCAGUCUAGACGAUGUCCAGCACAGACUGGGGACCGAGCCCUACGCGUCCUCCAAGUAUGCCUCCGACCUCAUCAGCCUUGCCCUCAACAGACACAACAACAGCCAGGGGCUGUAUUCAUCAGUGAUUUGUCCAGGGCUGGUGAUGACCAAUCUUACCUAUGGCAUCCUCCCCUCCUUCUUCUGGACCCUCAUCAUGCCCAUCAUGUAUCUUAUACGAAUCUUCACCAACACGUUCACACUGACACCGCACAAUGGAGCUGGAGCAUUGCACUCGCUGUUUCUGAAAAAAACUGAGUCCCUGGAUCCGAGGGCAAAGUAUCACAGUUUGACGUCAGGCAUCGGGAGCAACUACACGCAGCCUCGACAAAUGGACAUUGAUGACGACAUGUCAGAGGCCCUUUAUGUGAAACUGCUGGAAAUGGAAAAAUCUGCUCGUAAGAGAUUGAAAGAAGAGGAUGACAAUAAACAAGCCUACAAAAAGUACCUCAACCAGACAGAGUAGUAUUUUGUAUGGCUAUUCUCCUUUACUAACUAGUUUAGGCCUAAUCAUACAACUUUUAUUCUAUAGCAUAUAAUAUAUAAUUUUGUUACGUUUAAAAAAAUCUCAGCAAUCUACACCAUAAUGACAAAGUGAAAACAGAUUUUUUGCAAAUGUAUAAAAAAAUUAAAACGAAUAACUUAUUUACAUAAGUAUUCAGACCCUUUGCUAUGUGACUCAAAAUUGAGCUCCAGUGCAUCCUGUUUCCAUUGAUCAUCCUUGAGAUUUUAUAACUUGAUUGGAGUCUGCCUGUGGUAAAUUAAAUUGAUUGGUCUUGAUUUGGAAAGGCAAACACCUGUCUAUAUAAGGUCCCACAGUUGACAGUGCAUGUCAGAGCAAAAACCAAGCCACAAGAUUAAAGGAAUUGUCUGUAGAGCUCCGAGACAGGAUUGUGUCAAGGCACAGAUCUGGGGAAGGGUACCAAAACAUUUCUGCAGCAUUGAAGGUCCCCAAGAACACAGUGGCCUCCAUCAUUCUUAAAUAGAAAAAGUUUGAAACCACCAAGACUCUUCCUAGAGCUGGCUGCCCGGCCAAACUGAGCAAUAGGGGGAGAAUGGCCUUGGUCAGGGAGGUGACCAAGAACCUGAUGCUCACUCUGACAGAGCUCCAGAGUUCGUCUGUGGAGAUGGGAGAAACUUCCAGAAGGACAACCAUCUAUGCAGCACUCCACCAAUCAGGCCUUGAUGGUAGAGUGCCCAGACGGAAGCCACUCCUCAGUAAAAGGCACAUGACAGCCUGCUUUGAGUUUGCCAAAUGUCACCUAAAGACUCUCAGAACAUGAGAAACAUGAUUCUCUGGUCUGAUGAAACUAAAAUUGAACUCUUUGGCCUGAAUGCCAAGCGUUAUGUCUGGAUGAACCCGAUCGAAUAUCUCUGGAGAGACCUGAAAAUAGACGUGCAGCAAUGCUCCCCAUCCAACUUGACAGAGCUUGAGAGGAUCUGAACAGAAGAAUUGUAGAAACUCCCCAAAUACAGAUGUGCAAAGCUUGUAGCGUCAUACCCAAGAAGACUCGAGGCUGUAAUUUCUGCCAAAGGUGCAUCAACAAAGUACUGACUAAAGGGUCUGAAUACUUAUGUAAAUAUGAUAUUUUAAUUAGCAAAAAAAAUCUAAAAACCUGUUUUUGCUUGGUGAUUAUGGGGAAUUGUGUGUAGAUUGAGGGUAAUUUUUUAAAAAAAAUCAAUUUUAGAAUAAGGCUGUAACCCGAACAAAAUGUGGAAAAAGUCGAGGGGUCUGAAUACUUUCCGAAAGCAAUGUAUAUAAACGAAACUGUUUUAUUCAGUGUGUUUUACUCCGUGUGAAUGAAGAGAUGGUAUUCUCUGUAUAAGUUGACCAUAGCCAUGAGGGACUAGUAGUGGUUUGAAUAAUGUCUCUCUAUUUGAGUGAAUACUCUAUAGAAUCAUCUGUUUGCAUUGACUUUUUAUCAGCCACCAUUUUCAAUAGCCUCCCUAGUUGAGUAGAGGUUUCCCCAUUUUCAAGCACUUCAUAAUUUGAUCUUGGUUAGUGUACGCUAGCUAGGCUACAUGAGUGCUGUUCCUUUUGUGACUAUGACAGGAACAUGUACAGUAGGCACUCAAGUAGAUUAAAAUAUGGUUGAAAGAAUAUAUUAAAACAGAGACUGCAACUUGAAUACUGAAAUCCACUGAAAAUACUGGAACACUAAAAGCAAAUGCUAAAACUGAAACUGAUACACCUGAAAUGGUUCAUGGACAUUUGUUAAUGUCUCAGAAACAAGCCUGUACAUUCCUGCUGCUAACUCAAGGAGCUAAAUGUGGUAAACUGUCAAGAGCGUUUGUGAAUUAUCAAGCACAAAUAGCAAUAACUGACCAGAACUAGGCAAAGCACUCCUUUGUGUUUGCUUGGUAAGAUGAAGAGUUGUGAGCCAUUGAACUUUUAUUGAAAUGAAAGAUUUCUUUGCAUUUAUGUGUAGCUUGUUUGAAUGAAAAGUUGAUUUGACGCCACCACUCUUCAAGCUAAUGUUGACUUUGGUUCAAUUUCUGACGUGUUCUUAUCUGCAGUGCCUUUAGAAACUUUUUCCACAUUUUGUUGUGUUGUAGACUGAAUUUAAAAAUGACUAAAUUGAGAGAGUGUCACACAAUACCCUAUAAUGUCAAAGUGGAAUUAUGUUUAUAGAAAUGUUUACAAAUGAAUAAAAAAUGAAAAGCUGGAGUCAGUAAGUAUUCAACCCCUUUGUUAUGGCAAGCCUAAAUAUGUUUGGAGUAAGAUCUUGCUUUAGAAGUCACUUAAUAAGUUGCAUAUGUGCAAUAAUAGUGUUGAACAUUUAUUUUUAUUUUUAUGAAUAUCUCAUCUCUGUACAUUCAGUCGAGCAGUGAAUUUCAAACAGAUUGAACCACAAAGACCAGGGAGGUUUUUGAAUGCCUCGCAAAGAAGGGCACCUAUUGGUAGAUGGGUACAAAAUCAGACAUUGCAUAUCCCUUUGAGCAUGGUGAAGUUGUUAAUUACACUUUGGAUGGUGUAUCAAUACACCCAGUCACUACAAAUAAUGUUUAUUUUUUUUUAUUAUUUUUUUUCUCUCCCCAAUUUGUAGUUGUAUGUAGUCUUGUCCCAUCGCUGCAACUCCCAUACGGACUAGGGAGAGGUGAAGGUUGAGGGCCGUCUGUCCUCCGAAACACGACCCCGCUUCUUGACACAAUACCUGCUUAUCCCAGAAGCCAGCCACACCAAUGUGUCGGAGAAAACACCAUACACCUGGCGACCGUGUCAGCGUGCAUGCACCCUGCCCACCACAGGAGUCGCUAAUGAGACAAGGACAUCCCUCCCGGGAUGGCUGUGAUAGGAUAAAACUGACGAUGGAUCAGCAACAUUGUAGUUACUCAACAAUAAUAAUCUAAUUGACAGAAUGAAAAAUAUUCCAAAACAUGCAUCCUGUUUGCAACAGGGCAUUAAAGUAGUACUGCAAAAAAUGUGUCAAAGCAAUUAACUCUUUGUCCUGAACAUAAAGUGUUGUAUUGGAUUUGCACCAAACACAACACAUUACUGAGUACCACUCAACAUUUUCAAUCAUAAUGGUGGCUGAUUAUGUCAUGGGUAUUCUUGUAAUUGUUAAGGACUGGGGAGUUUUUCAGGAUAAAACAUCAACGGAAUGGAUCUAAGCACAGGCAAAAUUCUGGAGGAAAACCUGGUUCUGCCUGCUUUCCACCAGACAAUGGGAGAUGAAUUUUCCUUUCAGCAGGACAAUAACCUAACACUUAAGGCCAAAUCUACACCAGAGUUGCUUACCAAGAAGACAGUGAAUCUUUGAGUGGCUGAGUAACAGUUUUGACAUAACUGUCAAAUCUAUGGCAAGAUUUGUACUUGAAAAUCUAUGGCAAGACCUGAAAAUGGUUGUCUAGCAAUGAUUAACAACCAACUUGACAGAGCGUGAAGAAUGUUGAAACUAUUAUAAUGGCCAAAUGUUGCACAAACCAGGUGUGGAAAGUGCUUACCCAGAAAUAAUCACAGCAGUCAUCGCUGCCAAAGGUGUUUCUACAAAGUAUUGACUCGGAUGUGAAUACUUAUGUAAAUGAGAUAUUUCUGUAUUUAAUUUUCAAGAAAUGUGCAAAAACAAAUCUAAAAACAUGGUUUCACUUUGUCAUUAUAGGGUAUUGUGUGUAGUAGAUGUGUGAGAGAAAACCAAAACUAUUUCAUCCAUUUUUAUUCAGGCUGUAACACAACAAAAUGUGGAAUAAGUCAAGAGUUUGAAUACUUUCUGAAGGCACAGUAUGUAGUCAAAAGUCUAAUCAUUGCCAAUUUUAUUUCAGUCUAAAAUCAACAUUUCCCAAUUAGAAUGUGUUCAAAUGGAUAUUUCAUUGGCUGAAUUGUUCAACAACAGGGCAACAGCAGAUGGUCUUGUCUGUAUUGCAGAGCAUGUGAGCUGUGUAGGCCCAGUUUACUGGUGUAACAAAGACACCCGCCCUGUUUUUACCUGAUACCUGUAUCAUGUUACACACACACACAGCCUUACAAACCAUGAUUAGGGUUAUUUGGGUGGUGUGGUUUGCCUUAGGCCCACACCAAUUAUCUCUAUCUUAUGUGUUCCUUUUGUUAUGUCACUUCAUUCAUAAAAGAUGAUGUGGUGAUGGAUAGUGUCACUCACACCAAAUGCAACAGUAUUUUGAACAAUGAGGCUAAUAUAGGAGUAAUAUCCCACUACUAAAAUGGGUCUCAGGUCAAAUGUGAGUCAUAUUGUACUGUAGGUCUAAAGAGAAAUACAGUAGCACAUAGGAUAUAAUGCCAGUUCCAACAUGACAUGGAUACUUCCAAGUUUAUUGGUGCAAGAUGCUUAUAAUGUCACCGUUAUCGUACAUGGCACACAUUUCACUGACACCACUUUAGGGCGUUAUGAGGAGAGGCAUUUGCUUGCCAAAUUGCUUUGUCACAGUUGAGUCAUGUGAGUGUCUUGCACAUGCAUUAAAACUCUGUCGUAGACUUAUGUACAAACAAAUAAUAUGAUUCCUUCUACAGGGGCUAAACUAUUACAAGGAUAUUGUAUUCAUAGAAUAGAAUAUUAUAAAAGCUAAAUUAACAUGGCAUCCAAUAUGUGACCUUGUCGCCAACAGCUGUGUUUGGCUGGAUGGUUGAGUUCCCAAACUUCCCACUGAUAGGUUACAGAGAAGUGACUAGUCAGAUCAAAUCAACUCAAAUUGUAUUGGUCACACACAUAUUUAGCAGAUGCUAUUGCGGGUGUAGUGAAAUGCUUGUAAAUAGACAGCUGCAUGACACUACCAGCUGUUCACAACAUUUCCCUGCCUGCCCUCUACACACACGUUUGUUUUCUGCCUUUUAUAAACCUACAAAUCCUCCUUAAUCUUCAGAACACACAGAGAGAGCUGCUGAAUAUUGGGAUUUGGAAAUGCUUCACUUGGAAAAAGGUCCCCUCUUCCCCUCACUGUCUACAUUUCCUGAAAAGCAUUAACUGCAUAUUGGAUAUUUAUUAUUCCUUUCUAAACAAUAAGGCAAUAAAGGUUUUUAUUGGUCA